GGCAAAAAACAAAACAAACAACAGAGUGCGGAAGCAAUUAAAUUGAAAAAAAAAAAAAAACAGAGUGAGGAGGAGGGAAGGAAGCAAAGCAGAGGAAGGAGGCAGCGGCUUUUAGGUUUAGUUGUUGUUGUUAAUGAAAAUUGCUUGGAAUUUCAAAGGCCCCUUUAUUAGUUUAGUUCGCCCUCUCAAGUCUCCAGUCUCCAGUCUCCUCUGAAGCUCUCUGGUUAGGCAGUUUCUUCCCUCCCUCCCUCCAAGUCCAAGGCCUCUCUACCUUGUUUUGGCUUCGAGACUCUCAGACUGAGAGUUUGAGACUGCGAGACAGCUCCAAUUGCAUCAUGUUCGGAAGAGCUGGCCUUGAUCGAUUUAAGAAAGCUCAGUCCUUGGAACCCUUUUCGCUCAAUCCCAAUUCCAAUUCCAAAUCCACUCCCUCGCCCUCUCUUUCGCAUUCGCAUCAAGCCCAACAUCAACCUCCUCCUCCCCCUCUUGCACCGCCCGAGGCUGCCCCUCUCGUGGGGGUCGGGCAGACUCCGCAGCAGCAUCUCACUCAGGUUGGUGGGGGUCAGUCCACUUGGCAGCCCCCUGACUGGGCAAUUGACCCCCGCCCCGGUGUGUAUUAUCUUGAGGUUGUCAAGGAAGGUCAGGUUCUUGAUCGCAUUACUCUCGAUAGGCGUCGCAACAUCUUUGGCCGCCAAUCUCAAACUUGUGACUUUGUGCUGGAUCAUCAGUCCGUUUCCCGCCAACAUGCCGUUGUUGUUCCUCACAAGAAUGGAAGCAUAUAUGUAAUUGAUUUGGGAUCUGCACAUGGCACUUUUGUUGCAAAUGAACGAGUGACUAAAGAUACCCCUGUUGAGCUUGAAGUGGGGCAGUCUUUGCGGUUUGCUGCAUCAACUAGAAUUUAUAUCUUGAGAAAGAAUGAUGCAGCUCUUUUUCCUCGUCCUUCACCACCUGCAGAGGUUAAUCUGCCUCCGCCUCCUGAUCCCUCUGAUGAAGAAGCUGUCGUGGCUUAUAAUACACUACUAAAUCGUCAUGGUCUGACCAGGUUUGACAUAGGGCCUAUGUCCCGUGAGUCUGGUGACUCAGGCGCAAAAGGUGACACCCCGCAGCCAGAGAGAGCAUCCAAGAGAAUCAGGAAGGCAAGAGUGUCAUUCAGGGAUCAAGUGGGUGGAGAGCUGGUUGAAGUAGUCGGGGUUUCAGAUGGUGUGGAUGUAGAGACUGAACCUGGUCCAGUAGGUGUAAAAGAAGGAAGUCUUGUUGGGAAAUAUGAAUCCCUUGUGCAGAUAACAGUAAUACCCAAAGGAAAGGAGCAAUUAUCUGCAAAGGAAGACAAUUCUUCCCAAAAAGGCAUGACUGAAAAAUUACAACAGGUCUUAAAUAGAGUCAAAACUGCUCCAAAGGGUGGGAUUUAUGAUGACCUUUAUGGAGACUCUUUUUCAGGCAAAGUGGGUUCUUCCUGGGCAUAUCCUUCUGCUAGUUCUAGUGGUAAACAAGGUUCUCCAAGUAGAGAAACCGAUGAGAAGGCAUUAAGUGUAAAGGUUGGAACUAACUCAAGCCACGCUGAUGAUGAUGAGGAUGAUUUAUUUGGUGAUUGAUUGAAGCAAGAACUCAGUGGAUGAUUUAUUUGGUUCUCUUUUUUGGAGGUUGAAAACCUUCCAUGAAAAUUAUAUGGUCUUGCUUCCCUUGUGAAUGGGAUUUUUGUUAUAGCUCAUCAACAAAUUUCCUUUGUAUUGGCUUGCCUGACUCAUAAUCUCCAAGUUGGUUAAUGUCCGAGAUUGUGGCUUCGAACGCAUGUAAGUUUGUGGUGAGAUGCUGAUUGCGGGUUGGUGUGUGGGGUGGGGACAUAGUUUUGUAGUGAGAGGGUUUGUCAAUAUCUUUGUUACUGUAUCUCCUCGGUUCGUAGGCUUGUUAGAGACUUAAAAUUUGAAACGUUAGUAUGGCAUGAAACAACAUAGAAAAACUAUAAAUAUGUGCCAAUCCUGGCUUUACUAA